AAAUCCUGGUCAUACCAGCUCGCUAGAUUUUCGAUUCCUUGGGUUUAUUGUAUCAGUUCACCGCAACGCUGGGAGGAAAAACAGCCGGACGUUAUGCAGACGUUCAAUAGCAACUCACAUUUAAUGAGACAUGCAAAAUGCCUUUGGAGACCAUCCUCUAUUGCUCGUCCAUGCCGCUUGCAAAUCAAGGCCUCAUUUACGCUCACGGAUAGCAAGGGAAAAUCGGCAACAUACACCAAGGCCCAAGUUACAAUCGGAAGCUCGUCGUCAUGCGACAUCAGGGUCACAGGGCCGCAAGUGGCGGAGCAGCAUGCAACGAUAAUUCAGAAAGGCAAGCAUCAGACGUUUUUGAAGUCGCUGGUUGGCGAGGACAUGCUGGAUGACUCUCGCACCUGGCAGGAUGGGGAGCCGCUGCGUCCGCGGGUUAGCUACGUGCUGGCGUCAGGCUGCAAACUGGCCUUUGGCACUCCUGACCAGGUGUACACAAUUGCAUUCGAGGAGGGCACCGGGAGCAACCCGCUUGUGGAGAUGAUGAUGAAGGGCAUGUUGGCAAACAGCAGCGUCGAAGUAAAGAAGGCGCUGGGCAGCUGAGAGUCGAUGUUUGUCGCAUAAUGUCACAUCUGUUCUGUCCUUAGACUAACUGAGCUAACUGAGCAUGACUAGCGUGCGAUGGCUUUAUGGGAAAGCUUGCUGGGUGUAUGUGACGACUCGUAAGGGUGAUGCAAUUGGAUUCAUUUUCCUGAUUAUUUUCCUUUCUGUGGUCGUGGCAAGCACACAAGUAAUCAUCGUGAGGCGAUCUUAUGUAAGCAAUAAUUGUGAAGAGCUGCGCGGGUUGCCCAGGGCUGUGCGUUCGUACGUCCGGUGCUGUUUUUGUUUGUUUUAAUUUGUUUCCACCCAGCGUUUAGCAGUUUGGUAAUUUUGUAAUUUGUUACAAGCCGUC